CGAAGUUCGUCACGUCGCAGUAGCCCCCGCACAGCGGAUGUGCGUCGCCGCUUAGGUGACGCUGGGAAGUGCUUGCAACCUCCGCCGCUGCCUUCUGGUUGAAGCAGUAUGGAGGGAGAGAGGAAGAACAACAACAAACGGUGGUAUUUUACUCGAGAACAGCUGGAAAAUAGCCCAUCCCGUCGUUUUGGUCUGGACCCAGAUAAAGAACUUUCGAAUCGCCAGCAGGCGGCCAAGCUGCUCCAGGACAUGGGGCAACGUCUUAACGUGUCACAAUUGACUAUCAACACUGCUAUAGUAUACAUGCAUCGAUUCUACAUGAUUCAGUCCUUUACACAGUUCCAUCGAAAUUCUGUGGCUCCAGCAGCCUUGUUUCUAGCAGCUAAAGUAGAGGAGCAACCAAAAAAAUUGGAACAUGUCAUCAAAGUAGCACAUACUUGUCUCCAUCCACAGGAGUCACUUCCUGAUACUAGGAGUGAGGCUUACCUGCAGCAAGUACAAGAUUUGGUGAUUUUAGAAAGCAUAAUUUUACAGACUUUGGGCUUUGAACUAACAAUUGAUCACCCACAUACACAUGUGGUGAAGUGCACUCAACUCGUUCGAGCAAGCAAGGACUUAGCACAGACUUCUUACUUCAUGGCAACCAACAGCCUGCAUUUGACCACAUUUAGCCUGCAGUACACACCUCCUGUGGUGGCCUGUGUCUGCAUUCAUCUGGCUUGCAAGUGGUCCAACUGGGAGAUCCCAGUCUCAACUGACGGGAAGCACUGGUGGGAGUAUGUUGAUGCCACUGUGACCUUGGAACUUUUAGAUGAAUUGACACAUGAAUUUCUACAGAUUCUGGAGAAAACUCCCAACAGGCUCAAACGCAUUUGGAAUUGGAGGGCAUGCCAGCCUGCCAAGAAAACAAAAGCAGAUGACCGAGGAGCGGAUGAAAAUACUUCAGAGCAGACAAUCCUCAAUAUGAUUUCUCAGAGCUCUUCAGACACAACCAUUGCAGGUUUAAUGAGCAUGUCAACUUCUACCACAAGUGCGGUGCCUUCCCUUCCAAUCUCUGAAGGGUCAUCCAGCAAAUUAAACAGUGGGGAGAUGUUGCAGGGCGAGCGUUGGCUGUCCUCUCAACCUCCUUUUAAACUAGAACCUGCUCAGGGUCAUCGGACUAGUGAGAAUUUAGCACUUACAGGAGUUGAUCAUUCCUUGCAACAGGAUGGUUCAAAUGCAUUUAUUUCCCAGAAACAGAGUAGUAAGAGUGUGCCAUCAGCUAAAGUGUCGCUGAAAGAAUAUCGUGCAAAGCAUGCAGAAGAGUUGGCUGCCCAGAAGAGGCAAUUGGAGAACAUGGAGGCCAAUGUUAAGUCACAGUAUGCAUAUGCCGCCCAGAAUCUCCUGUCUCACCAUGAUAGCCAUUCUUCAGUGAUUCUGAAAAUGCCCAUAGAGGGCUCAGAAAACCCUGAGCGGCCUUUUCUGGAAAAGGCUGACAAAACAGUUCUCAAAAUGAGAAUCCCAGUGGCAGGUGGAGAUAAAGCUGCCUCUUCAAAACAGGAGGAGAUAAAAAUGCGCAUUAAAGUUCAUGCCACAGCUGACAAGCACAAUUCUGUAGAUGACAGUGUCUUAAAGAGCCGAGAGCACAAAGAAAAGCACAAGACUCACCCAUCUAAUCAUCAUCAUCAUCAUAAUCACCACUCUCACAAGCACUCUCACUUACAGCUUCCUGCUGGUACAGGGAACAAACGUCCAGGUGAUCCAAAACAUAGUAGCCAGACAAACACCUUAGUACACAAAACCUAUAGCUUGUCUAGUUCUUUCUCCUCUUCAAGUUCUACUCGUAAAAGAGGCCCCCCUGAAGAGACUGGAGGGGCAGUGUUUGAUCAUCCAGCCAAGAUUGCCAAGAGUACUAAAUCCGCUUCCAUAAAUUUCUCCUUCCCUCCUCUUCCUACAGUGGCCCAGUUGCCUGGGCAUAGCUCAGACACAAGUGGACUUCCCUUUUCACAGCCCAGCUGUAAAACUCGAGUUCCUCAUAUGAAACUGGAUAAAGGCCCCACUGGGGCCAAUGGUCACAAUACAACCCAGACAAUAGACUAUCAAGAUACUGUGAAUAUGCUUCACUCCCUGCUCAGUGCCCAGGGUGUUCAGCCAACUCAGCCCCCAGCAUUUGAAUUUGUUCAUUCUUAUGGUGAAUAUCUGAAUCCACGGGCUGGUGGAAUCUCUUCCAGAUCUGGCAAUACAGACAAACCCCGGCCACCACCUCUACCAUCAGAACCUCCUCCACCACUUCCACCCCUUCCUAAGUAAAGACAAAAAAAAAAAAAAAAAAAGAAGAGAAAGGAAACAUACUUUUUUUUUUUUUUUUUUUUGACUACUGAUUCUGGACUAUGAAAAUUACUUCCCUUAUGAAAUAUGUCACCCUUCUUGAACUAGGGAAUAAAUUGAUAUUGCAACAUAGGUGGGAGGGUGAUAGAGGGCCUUGGUUAUUAUAUCUGCUGCCUCAUACAUUUAACUAUUUUACUAUAGUUUUUACUGAUAUUGGAGAGGUGGGAUGUGUUUAAGCUGUGAAGGAUUAAGAACACUUUCUCUGUGCUUAGCCUCUCCACCUCAUAAUUGGGUUGAUUGGAAUUAAUGAUCUUCCCUCUUCUUGCCAGAACUGAAACAUGGAGGGUUUGUUUUAUUACACAAUUGUGGUGUUUAAUAUAUCAGAAGAGAGGAAGUAUUUAAAUGUCAGAAUCUUUUAAGAGACUUUAAAAGAAAUAAUUUAAAGAAAGUAAGUUAUCUGUUUAGUUUUUUUAUAUGG